AUGUAUUCAAUCUUCAACGACACAAUCAACUCAUCUAUCAACGCAUCAUACUUGUCUACUCAUCAGUCCUUGACCCGCAUCAGAGCGCAUAGCUUCUUCAGAGCGAUGAAGCUUCUCUCCAUCUUGGGGCUGCUAUGCAGCACUGCCUCGGUAGUCUCUGGGUCUCAACUUACACGUCGAGCGCCAAAGUGUCCCAAGCCUGAGGGCAGUACUACGGAUGCUCAGAUAAUUGCAGCGUUCAAGUCCUCUGGACAAUGCUUCAGCUACACUGGCGCUGGCAAUCGCGAGAAGAGUAUUGCUCCCUGUGCCGGCGUUGAUGGCUAUUGCCAGAAGGUCAAAGGGGUAGAGAACGCCGCAGCAGGUUGUGAGCUCUUCGUUCCUGAGGGCGUCAAACUUGAUAAGAGUCUCGCCAACAAGGACGAAGAUUGUAACGAAUGGUACGCCGGGCAAUGCACAUGUGAGUGUGAGUUCUGUGAAGAGAUCGCAGACAUUGUCAUCGAGGGCCUCGAACAGCUGGACAGUGUUAUUUGCGCUGUGAUGCUUUCUUCCUUAACCUCCAUCGCCGACGCCGGUCUCACGUUCAUCCCCGGCGGCCAAGCACCCAAGGCUAUCAAAGCUAUAGUCCAGGGCGCCAAGUCUUUCUACGAGGAUGGGGCAGAAGCGGCGUCAUUCUUUGGGAGCUAG